UACGGUUGCAGUUACAGAUUUUCUACGUGCAAAGGCUUUUAUGAAGUAAACGAGCCGGUGAGUUGCAAGAAGAUAUGCUCGAACCAUGAAAUGAUUUCGUGUAGUUCAUCAUCACUUAAAUACGACAGUAUUCUAGAAGAUGAGCAGUCUCUUCAGUGAUAGACUGCAAAACGUAUCUUUUAAUCAUGGAGAAGUUCAAACAAAUCGAUUGGAAUAUUUCCUUGGAGAACUUAAUAGACGAUGUAUUUAUCACAGAUGAAAGAUUGGAGAAGGACAGUGCAAUAUACAAAAUUAUGAAUGAUAACUUUACAGAUCCAUUUAAUAAUAUUGCAGAUGAUUAUAAAGAGAUUAACAUAGAGGAGUUGAAAUCCUUGACUAAAAAUAUCAAUGAUUUGGAAGAAAAUAAAGAUGAAGAUGAAGACGAAGAUAAUAUUAAAUAUGAAAUAAAAGAAGAAUGUAAGGAAAAACAAAACACCAAGAAACACCAAAAGUCUAUGAAAAAAGAAAAAAUCAUGAGCAAUAAGAAAUGCUACGUACCUGGUAUGAGAAAGUUACCAUCUCAGUUUGUUAGAAACUCUAGUUUAAAUGCUACUCAGCAUGCUAUGUGCAGUCGUGUUUUGUUGCGACUUUCUAACUAUGAAGUAACACCAACAUUGGCAGAAGAGAAAACAGAAUUGGAAUGUUAUAUGGCAUUACAGAAGACAAUAUCCACAGAACAAAAUAAGUUUCUAACAUUGGCCAAGAAGAUAUGGGAUGACAGUGCUCCGUGGCCUAUUAAAUAUAAUGUAUAUAUAGAAUUAAGGUGGGGCAAAAAGAUGUUUGAAUUAAAGAAACUCCCCAGAUACUAUGUAGAGACUUCAAAUGUGCCAUUUUCUUUAAAUAAGGAUAUUAUUGUGAAGUUUAUAUCUUGUUUACAAAAACAGGGUACUUUUUCAGAAGUAGUACUGCCAAAACUUGAUAAGCCAUAUUUCUUGGAGAUAGACAGUAAAAUAUUAUUCAGAAAAUACCCACCUAGUUUAUCAUCAACAUUGCCUCAUUUUAAAUUACCUGUGAGCGAGGAUACAUAUUGUACAAAUCUUGCAGAAAGCACUAAAGUGGAUCUAGUCAUCUCAUCUAGUGGUCUCAAGUGUUUAUUAAACAACAUUGCCUUAGAUUUUCCAAACUCUUGGGCAAUACCAGUAGUUAUAAAAUCGCAUCAUGAGAAGAAUAUUGUUUAUAUCGAUAAAAAAUUACCACCUACCGGUGCUACUUCAUUGCAGAAGAAUACCUGGGUAUAUAAAUACAUUCUUCGGCAUUGUCUUGUUCCUACUGAAGUCGCAUCAGUUUCCACUGAAGUUAUAUCAUCAGAUGGGAAGACAUUUGCAGAAGAAGACAAAAUUGUGGAAGAAAAUGAAUCUAUGACAGAGGUCCACGAAACAUUGAGUGAAAUAUCCAAUCCUUCAAAAAGUUUCGACGAAACCCACCUUGAAAAAAGUCCCUCAUCUUUGAUAAAUAAGCAAGAGAACGUAACAUACAAUCUCUUUACUAUAGGACCAAUGGAAUCUCAGAACCAAUGUAAAUUGAUAAAAGACAGUCCAAAGGAAUAUCAGAUAUUAGUUCGGACCAAAACAGAUUGUGUCCAGGCAUUACCGAACGGACAGUUGCAGCUUUUGAUGUUAGCCCCGAAACUGGAGCAUCAGUUGGCACUUGGAGCAGAAGCUGCAACAUUGGAAGAAAGCUUAGAGCAAUGGACGUCAUUAAUGUUCAGACCAGAUACAUCAUUAGCUAGAGUCAGGAUAGCAGCAGAAUCAGGGGAAAUAAUACAAAUUGAAAGACACACGGUAAUGUCAUUGAGCGCUGAAAUACAGAGACUUUACAAAAUCAAAGUGAAAGAUUCUUUAGCAAUUUUACAUAAUGUAAUUGAAAAACUGUCGUGCCUAACACCUGGCCGAUAUCUUAUGCGAUAUACUGCACAACAUGGGCCGUUCGCAUAUGUUUAUAAAGAGACUGAUGAAUGUGGGAAAAACAAUUUUGACUUACACUCGGUUUAUGAAUCCGAAGUAUUCAACACAAUCUCUGACACACCAUGGCCACCUAUAGAUACAAUAUUAAUGACGCCGACACACAAAUACCUUUAUAGAAUGCCUGCUAUGUUCAAUCAAAAUAAAAUGCAAACAUUCAACUCGACUAACGUAACUUCAGGAGUCUCUGGAAUAAAGAAACAUACAGAGAAGAAUCGAAGUAUUUCUAAUCAAAAAGUUCCUGUUCGACGAAGCCUUAGAGAAAAAAAGCCAAGUAGAAAAUUAAUUGACAUGUAACUGUAUGGGAAGUUUGCUGGAACUACAAUUUAAUUAAAUAUUUUUUUUAUUUAUACAUAUAAGAUAUAUAUGAGAUAAAUGUAUAAUUCGGGAUUAACAUACGGAAUGUGCAUAAUGUUUCAGUAAGUUUAAUUUACGUUAAGUUAAUAAUAAUAUACAGAGAUAAUAAGAACAUAUAGAACUGAUAUGUGUAAAUCGGACUGCAGCAUGUAUAAAACUAUAUAUAUAUAUAUACAUAUAUAUAUAUCUUAAUCAACAUGU